CGAAAUAUCUUUUACCAACUUUGGAAAAAGAAUUAUUCCUGGCAGAGCACAGUGACCUUGAAGAAGGUGGUCUGGACCUGACUGUGUCAUUAAAACCAGUUAGUUUCUACAUAUCAGACAAAAAAGAAAUGCUUCAACAGUGUUUCUGUAUCAUAGGAGAGAAGAAAUUACAGAAGAUGCUUCCUGAUGUGUUAAAGAACUGUUCAAUAGAAGAAAUUAAAAAACUAUGCCAAGAACAGUUAGAGCUCCUGUCUGAAAAAAAAAUCUUGAAGAUUCUUGAGGGUGACAAUGGUGCAGACUCCGAUAUGGAAGAGGAGGCAGAUGAUGGCCCUAAGAAGGGAUCUGAUUUAGUCAGUCAACAAGACAUCUGUAUAGAUUCUUCUUCAUCCGUGAAAGAGAACAAGCAACCUGAAGGUUUGGAAUUAAAACAAGGCAAAGGGGAAGAUAGUGAUGUUCUAAGUAUAAAUGCAGAUGCUUAUGACAGCGACAUAGAAGGCCCGUGCCCCGAAGAAGCAGCUGCUCCCGAGGUCGCCGAAAGCACAGUCCAAGGUGAAGCUGGUCAGAUAGAUGACCUGGAGAAAGACAUUGAGAAAAGUGUGAAUGAGAUUCUGGGAUUGGCAGAGUCUAGCCCGAAGGAACCCAAAGCAGCUACCCUAACUGUCCCUCCACCAGAAGAUGUUCAGCCUUCUGCACAGCAGCUGGAGCUUCUAGAACUCGAGAUGAGGGCCAGAGCCAUUAAAGCCCUCAUGAAAGCUGGCGAUAUAAAAAAGCCAGCCUAGUUAUUUAACGUGAACCUGAAUUUUAGGUGUGUGUGAACAAAGCCACGUCAUAUAAUUUUGUAUCUGAAAUUUAUUUUGGGUCUUACAUGGUAUUUCUCAUGUAACUCUUAUUAGAUAAACUCAUUUUAGGCCUAAAAUACCUAUGGCUUUUUUUGUUGAUGUUACUUUUAUAUUAUAUAUGUGUUACUGUUCUAUGAGUUCAUGGCAAAUAUUGUUAGAUAAUUGGAUACUUUGUUAGAGGAGUAUUUUAGCUUGUCUGCAGAUUAAUAUCUGGAGAGUCAUUAGCAAAGAGUCAUGGUAAUUUUUUUCCUUAUUUUUAAAUGUUCUGGCAUCAAACCUAAAAGCUUAAGAAAAAUUCACCAAGCAUGUUGCUCUUAAGGCCACCUAUAUUUUGCAAUGAAAUAUUAAGUUAGUGCUUAUAGACUUGUUAACAAUUUAAGAAAUUUCGUUAUGCUUUUAUGCACCUUGAAGAUACAUACCUUCUAUGGUUGUGGAUUUAACAAUGUGGAGUAAUUGCCCAACUUUAGUUCCAGCAGACAAGCCAUUCUAACCUGUAUUUGAUAUUAUUGGACACUUUGUUCAAGUGUUUUUCUUCACUAAAAAGGGAACACAUUUUCAUUUCCAUUCCAAGCUAUCGGGAAGAGGAGAAUAUUUUAUCAGACAGGUUUUCAUCUGUUGUUUUUGCUUGAAGAUCUGAUGUGUUAUAAUUCCAUGAAUUAAAAAUAAUAAAGACUAUCAUUCUGAAUUUGAAGACUUUUGAUACAUUUCCAAAAGCAAAAUUAAUUUCAGGAGGCUUUGAUAUGUCGAUGUUAUAAUGAAUCUAAUUUUGUAUAGUUUUUGUAAAUAACUAACAUCUUGCCACAGUUAUGGAUGCAUUUUGCCCCAUCACUAAUUAUAGUUGUUUGAUACCAAAAUACAUUUAGGUAGAGACUCUUAACUUAAAAUAAAUUGUUUUUUUCUAAAAUAUAAA